GAUGUGAAGCACCCUCCGGACGAAGAGGAGGUCUAAAGGUAUUGAUUUCCGCGAAAAUGAAUCGUGGGGAUUUUCUUUGCACCGAAUAAGUCCGGCAUGAGAUUACAAAUGUUCAGAAAGUUUGCGAGAUUGGUGCCGAAGCGGAGAACGCUAGCCAGCGCCGGUGUACUGACCGCUUCAGGCAUCCUUGGCUAUUACAGCCUCGAAGAAAGUUAUCGGAAACAAAUCCGAAUUUCUUCAAGCGGUAUUGUAAGGUUUCUACGGACCCUCCGGAUAGGGACGAUAAUUUCGGUCGACUACUGGCUCACCAAUAAUUUAUCCCCUGACUCCUUAUCGGCAUGUCAUCUGCGUUGUUCAUCCCGCAUUCUCGAUGGAUGCCUCAGGAACGGCGGCGUUUACGUGAAAUUAGGCCAAGGUCUCGUAGCCAUGAACCACAUCCUACCUGAAGAAUAUUUAGAUACGCUCGAGGUGCUCCACGACCGGGCCUUGCGAGACUUGCCUCUUGACGAGGUGGAGAAAACGUUUAUCGAAGACUUUGGCGACAAACCUCAAUCGCUAUUCAACUCUUUUGAGCCGGAAUGUGUGGCAGCGGCCAGUCUGGCUCAGGUUUUCAAAGCGCAAACCAAGGAGGGUCGUGACGUGGCUGUGAAAAUACAGUACAGCGAUCUGCGGGCAAGGUUUUCUGGCGACGUUUGGACUCUUGGAAUCCUGGUCUCUCUGGCUGGAUGGAUGCAUCCGGAUUACGACUUCAGAUGGGUACUGGACUAUCUCCGGACCUCAUUGGUCAGAGAGCUCGACUUCGAAAUCGAAGCGGAAAACAUGAGAAAGUGUGCGCGCGACCUCGCCGAUCUCCAUUUCAUCAUGGUCCCGGAAAUUGUCGACAGUCUUUCGUCGAAGCGAGUGCUGACCAUGGAUUGGAUCGACGGUAUCAAGAUCAACAGGAAUUCCGAGUUGCAAGAGAAAGGAUAUUCGCUUCAUGAUAUCGAUUUUAAGCUCAUAAAAGCAUCGUCUACACAAGUUUUCCGUCACGGGUUUCUCCACGGAGACCCUCAUCCAGGCAAUGUUUUGGUCGUCCCGAAUCCGAAAAAGCCGACGGAUCCCUACUUGUGUCUUCUGGACCAUGGACUUUACGAGCGUCUCGACGACUCGACUCGUUUAUCUCUCUGCUCCUUGUGGAGGUCAAUCGUGUACAACGAUGAUAAUGGGAUGAGGGAGAGCUCAAAACGCCUCGGAGUUCCGGAAGAGAAUUAUCGGAUAUUCUGCGAGUUGCUAGUUCAGAGACCUCUACUGUUUCGUGCCAGAAGUGGAGUUCCGCUUGCGAAAGGAUUGAGCAAACGCGAAAUGCAGUACAUGAAAGAGAUGGCUGCCAAGAGAUUCGACGAAAUCAUGGCCUGUCUGAGAGUCCUGCCACGGCCUAUGCUCCUGGUCUUCCGAAAUAUAAACACCGUAAGAUCCAUCGCGAAAACGCACGGUCACCCCGUAGACCGGUUUUCCGUCAUGGCUCGAGAAGCCGAUCUUGCUCUAUUCAGGAGGAAGUUCCGGGAUGGAAGGAUGAUACUUUAUAGGAAACUAUACUCAAAUUUGAUAUAUGUGAUCCGGCGAGCUCAACUCGAACUGUUCCUCGUUUGUGUUCGAGUGGCAGACUGGGUUUCCCGACAUGUACAAAGGAUUGUGCUUUACUACAAUCAAGACGUCGCGGACCUCGUGGACCAUGUAAAGAGGUCCCACGAAAAGCGGGAGCGCUUUCUCGUCGAGUGAUCGAAUCAGCUUCGCGACAGCGAGUACCAACUUGUAAAUACUGAUCCGCAAGGAGCUACAGCCGCGGAGACUAAAUGCUUCGGAAUCCCCCGCGAUUUCGGCUUCCCAGAACAACGACCGCAUGAUCAAUAAAGCAGUCUUUCGCUCGAGCGGAGCUU